AUGUAUUACACCAUUAGAUCUGACAGCAAGAAAGAAGAGGUGGAAGAGGAGGAGGACGAGCUUCCGCUUGGAGUAGAGGAACUGUUGGAAAGUGGGGAUCCCGUGCUGGACUUGUGCUACCGUAAAUUUAAGCGUUUACCUAAACGUGUUUAUGAACUGGAACAUCUGGAGAAGCUGUAUGUUUGUGGAAACAGCCUACGCACUCUGCCGGACAGCCUCUCUCGGUUGCAAGGUCUUCGGACCCUCGCCCUCGACUUUAACAAGAUGGAUGAUGUCCCUCCGGCUGUCUGCCAGCUCACUAACAUCACUUGCCUUUACCUGGGCAGCAACCGUUUGAUGGAUUUCCCUCCUGAGCUGACAAACCUGCAGAAACUGCGCUGCCUGUGGAUGGAAAGCAACUAUUUCCAGAGGUUUCCACGGCUGCUCUAUGAUCUGCCUAAUCUCAGGUCCCUUCAGAUUGGAGACAACCGGCUGAAGACACUGCCAUCUGACCUUUGGCGUAUGGAGUCUUUAACGGGAUUAUGGCUCUAUGGUAACCGCUUUGAAACCUUCCCCAGAGUCCUGCUGCGAAUGGAGAACUUGGAGAUACUAGACAUGGACCGCAACAAGAUAACAGAGUUUCCAAGCCUGAAGCGUCUCCAUGCCUUGCGCCUGUUUUCCUAUGACCACAACCCAGUGACUGCCCCUCCAAAGGUGGGUCCGGAGCUGUUUGUGGUUGGAGAGGGUGCUGCAGAGUUCUUGGAGGCACGCGAGGCCAGGGCCGAGAGGCGACGAAAGGCAGAGAAAGAGGCCGAAGAGCUGGCUCUGGCAGAAGAGGAGCCGGUGGUGAUUCAUGGCAUCCUGAAGAACAGCAGCUCCAAACAAGCAGCAAGCGAAACUGUGGCGACUUUAGAGGAAGAGGGGAAAGAGGAGGGGGAGGUGAUGGAGGGGGAGGAGACGUAUGAGGAUGAGGCUGAAUAUGAUGAAGAGGGGGGUGAGGGGAGAGGUUAUGAGGGAGAGGGGUUUGAGUAUGACGGAGAGGAGCUGGAGUAUGACAGAGCUCAGAUGGACUAUGAUUAUGUGGAGCUGGAGGACACGGGGGGGCAAGAUGAAGGGGCAUGA